UAUCAAUGAGUGUGUGACUGCUCACAGACAGGUGAGGAUGAUGAUGUUAUUGGUGUUCCUGGUUGGCAUGUGGCUGAACUCAGCCUCAGCUGCAAAGCUUGGUGUGGUGCAGACGGAGUCGGGACAGGUGCAGGGGAAGAAUCACUGGAUGGGGCUGUUCAGUUCUGUUGAUGUCUUCAAAGGAAUUCCCUUUGCUGCUGUCCCUGACAAGUGGGAGAAACCAAAACCUCACCCUGGAUGGGAUGGGGUCAUGAAGGCCACUAAAUAUCGGGAUCGCUGCCUGCAGGUCACACUGCUGCAGACAAACACCCAGGGCAGUGAAGACUGUCUUUACCUGAACAUCUUCGUCCCACAAGGAACAAAAUUGUCCAAAAGCCUCCCUGUGAUGGUGUACCUGUUUGGAGGAGCCUUCCUUUUGGGGGCGUCAAAUGAUGUGGCGAUCCUUGGAGACUCUCUGUACGAUGGGAAGGAGAUGGCUGACAGAGGCAAAGUCAUCGUUGUAACCGUGAACUACAGAGUCGGGACACUGGGUUUCCUGAGCACUGGAGACUCCCGAUUGCCAGGAAACUAUGGCCUGUGGGAUCAGCAUGCUGCCAUUGCCUGGGUCCGCAGAAACAUUGAGGGAUUCGGAGGAAACCCUGAUAACAUCACCAUCUUUGGUCAGUCAGCUGGAGCAGCCAGUGUCAGCUACCAGAUGCUGUCUCCUUACAGUAAAGGGUUAUUCCGCAGAGCAAUCACACAGUGUGGCGUUGCACUCAGUCCCUGGGCUAUACAGAACAAACCCAUGGCUCUCACCAAGAAGAUUGCUCGAAAAGUUGGCUGUUGGAAAAUUAAUGAAGAUGAGAUGAUUGAAUGUCUGAAGAGGAGUGACCCUGUUCAACUCACAAUGGCUGGAAAAAUUGACGUGCUGCUUAUUCUGGGAAAAGGUACUGUCAUGGAUCUCCUUGAACUUGCCCCGGUGGUUGAUGGUGACUUUAUUCCAGAUGAGCCCAGUAAAUUGUUUCACAAUGCUGCUGAGUUUGAUUAUCUAGCUGGGGUCAACAGCAUGGAUGGACACAUAUUUGCUGGAGUCGAUGUUCCUUCAAUUAACAUGAGAAAUGAAACCACUGUGCAGCAGGUGAAGAGUCUGCUGACUGGUCUGACGAAGGACAAAGGAAAUGCUGCCGUCUCUUCGGCCUACAGUGUUUACACAGCUCACUGGGGUUCAGCUCCUGAGCAGGCCGUGGUGAAGAAGACUGUGGCUGACAUUGAGACCGACUUCCUGUUCCUGGUUCCCACUCAGAUUGCCCUUAAGCUCCACGCCAACAACACCAGUGGAGCCAGUACUUACUCCUACCUGUUCAACAUGAAGACUCGCAUCCCAGGUUUCCCUAAAUGGGUAGAGGCGGAGCAUGCUGAGGACCUACAGUACCUGUUUGGUAAACCCUUCUCCACCCCAUUGGUCUACUUCCCCCGACACAGAGAUCUGUCUGAGUACAUGAUCGCGUACUGGACCAACUUCGCACAGACUGGCAAUCCCAAUUCGGGUGAGAGUAGAGUCCCAGUAGCCUGGCCUCCCUUCACCAAAUACCACCAACCUUACCUGACAAUCAACAACAAGAUCACCAAGUCCUCCAUUGGCUUUGACCUGAGAUCAUACUACGUCAAAUACUGGACUGAAACCUACAACUCAUUCCCAACCAUCAAGAGAGAAGGGAAGGAAGAGGAAAACUACUGAGGGUUAUUGAAAAUGAGGGAAUAAAAUACAUGAGAAAAAUUAAACGAGAGUCAGUCUGA